UUCGCCGCGGGGGCUGCAGGGCCCGCGACCGCCGCGGAUGGACGCGCCUUAUUCGCCGCGGGGGCUGCAGGGCCCGCGACCGCCGCGGCUCAAAGUGCGGCAGGAGUCGCACGCCAUCAAGAAGCCGUCCGGGGCGCCGGAGCAGUCCCAGGCGCAGGGGCAUGGCCGGCUGGAGCAGCAGCGACGGCAGGCGGUGCGCAUCGACGCCAAUCCCAGCUUCAGGGAGCUUGUUCAGUAUCUGAGCGGUGGCGUUCCAGCAUCCGACUCGCUUGUGCACCAGCUAGUGGGUCAAGGAUCUGAAUCUCAGACCCAGGACUUCCAGAUCGUUGAGGCCGGGGAGUGGCAGCCGUCCCUGCCGUCGGAGCAGCUGCUCUCGGCUGCAAUCUCUCCGGCGGGAAGGCUGGCAUCCACCGAUAGGUCCCUCCGUCCGGUGCCCACACGGCCGCCGGACGUCAUAGACUUGACGGACGACAGGUUCGAGGACGGCGGCCUCGCGGGGAUUGCCGACGACGACUGGCUCAGCUUGAAGGGCGCUUUGCCCUCGUCGCCACCACCGGAUUCGACCUCCGGGCAGUUCUUGCCGCAAGGUCCGAAAUCAGUCAAGCAGCUUAAGCAAACAGUCAGUGAUAUCAGCCAUGAAGUCCAUUCACAGGUCAAGCAAGCAUGCCACACCAAGAAGAGAACUCAACAAAUACAGGCUCCUGUCUGCGCUAUGGCGGACGCCAUGUUCAGACUCCCCGAGAAGCUGGACGCUUUACUGGCCAGCCACGGCCAAACGCUGCCCCGGGGCGCGGAGGAGGAGAUACCUCUCAUCAAGCAAGAUCUGGAGAAGAUGGUCGCCAUUCUCCAGGAGCACGAUGACUCCGGAGCGGAGGACCGUGCUAUGACAGCCAAGUGCCUGGCCAAAGAGGUGCGUGAGCUCUCUUACGACAUGGAGGACAGCGUCGACCAGUACGAGCAGACCGCCACCACCAGCAAAUGGAUAGCUCCUCGCCUUAAAAAGCAAAAGUUCGCUCGUCGUAGAGUUACACGGCUUCCGGUGAAACUCAGGUGGCGGCUGUGGAUGGCCAACAAGAUCAGGGAGUUCAGCUUGCGCUCGCAGGAGGCGCUUCAGCGGUACAGUUUGUUUAACCACCAUGGUGACAAUGCCAUCAGAGCUGCUGCCAUUGGUGGCACUGGCACCAGCACUCCUCCUAGACAUGAUGCGUCUUUUGGCUCUUGGUACCCCACGCCGUAUGAGGAGCUUGUUGGUAUAGGUGAACAUGUGAAUAAUCUUGAAGCGUGGCUGGGUAGGGAUGGAGAGCAGAGGCUCAAGGUGGUCACUGUUGUUGGAUCUGGAGGAAUUGGCAAGAGCACACUUGUCAAAGAGCUGUACCGUAGAAUGAAAGGGCAAUUCGAGUGCCGGGCAUUUGUGAGGACAUCCCGGAAGCCUAACAUCAGGAGGCUUCUCAUCAACAUGCUCUCACAAGUCCGGCCACACCAAACCUCUCACACUUGGAAAUUGCAUAGCCUAAUUGCCGAUAUCAGGACACAUCUCCAAGAUAAGAGGUACUUGAUCGUAAUUGAUGAUGUAUGGGCUACACAAACAUGGGAUAUAGUUAACCGUGCUUUGCCGGAUGGUAAUCUUUACAGUGGAAUACUUAUAACUACAGAAAUCGAUGAUGUAGCUCUGAAAUGUGGUGGCUAUGACUCUAAGUAUGUUCUUCCGAUGAAACCACUUUGUCACGAUGAUUCAAGGAAAUUAUUUUUCAGAACAGCUUUUGGUCCACAAUAUGAAUGUCCUCCAGAACUCAGUGAAGUCGCAAAUAAUAUAAUAAGGAAAUGUGCUGGUUUCCCACUAGCAGUGGUUACUAUUGCCGGCCUGUUAGUAAACCAGAUGGGCAAACCAGAGCAAUGGGAUUUUGUAAAUAAGUCCUUAGGUCAUGGUUUGAGGACAAAUCCUGCUUCAGAGGGGAUGAAACAAGUACUAAACCUUAGUUACAACAAUCUUCGUCUGCAUUUGAAGGCAUGCCUGAUGUAUCUCAGUAUAUAUGAAGAGGACUACAUGAUUCAGAAGAAUGAUUUGGUAAAGCAAUGGAUAGCUGAAGGUUUUAUCCAUGCGACAGAAGAGAAAGAUAUGGUGGAAAUAUCAAGGAUAUGUUUUGAUGAUCUCAUCAGUAGCAGAAUGAUCCAACCUGCACAUAUAAAUGACACCGGUGAUGUUUUGUCAUGCACAGUGCAUCACAUGGUAGUUGAUUUUAUUACACACAAGUCCUUAGAAGAGAAUUUUGUCACUGCAAUAGAUCAUUGUCAGACAACUGCACGACUCGCAGACAAAGUUCGUCGACUGUCUCUUCACUUUGGUAAUGCAGAAGUGACACCACCAACAAAUAUGAGACUGUUACAAGUUCGGACUCUCGCAUUUUUCGGGGUCAUCAAAUGCUUGCCUUCCAUUGUGGAGUUUGGACUUCUUCGAAUUCUAAUCCUACAUCUUUGGGGCGAUGAUGAAAGCAUCAGUUUUGAUCUCACUGGAAUAUCUGAGCUUUUUCGGCUGAGAUAUUUGCACGUCACAUGUAAUGCCACCUUGGAAGUACCACAAACUCAGAUACGAGGUCUACGAUAUUUGGAGACACUGAAAAUAGAUGCAAGAGUAAGUGCUGUUCCAUCGGACAUUGUUCAUUUGCCGGGCUUAUUGCACCUAAGUCUUCCUGUUGAGGCACAUCUGCCCAAUGGUAUUGGCUGCAUGACAUUGCUUUGCACACUUGAAUGUUUUGAUAUAAGUGUUAACUCAGUAGAGAAUGUGCACAGCCUUGGUGAGCUGACAAAUCUUCGUGAUCUUCGACUCAUCUGCUCCACAGUACAUUCUUGUUAUCUAACGAGCAAAAUGGAUGGUGUGUGUUCCAUUCUGACGAAACUCAGCAACCUCAGGUCUCUAACUCUGGAGCCUUCAAGUAUUCUGGAUGUUGGACCUUCAAGCAUGAUCAUUUCCUGUGACGGGUUGAGCAGUGUAUCCUCUCCUCCAGCGUGUCUUCAGACGUUUGAGUGGUUGCCGCGCAUUUGCACCUUCUCCAGCCUCCCCAAGUGGAUUGGACAUCUCAGCAAGCUCUGCAUUUUAAAGAUUGGGGUUAGGAAACUAACGAACAAUGAUUUUGAUAUUCUCAGAGGAUUGCCUGCACUCACAGUUUUGUCGCUGUAUAUCCGAACAAAGCCUGCAAAAAGGAUUCUCUUCAAUAAGAUAGGAUUCUCAGUUCUCAAGUACUUCAAGUUCAGGUGCCGUGCACCUUCGCUGGAAUUUGAGGUGGACGCAAUGCCUAAUCUCUUGAAACUCAAGCUACAUUUUGAUGCCCAUAGAGUAGAUCAACAUGGUGCUAUACCUGUUGGCAUUGUGCACUUAACAGGCCUGAAGGAAAUCUCUGCAAAAAUUGGGGGUGUUGGUGUCAAUGACCCUGAUAGAAGGGCUGCAGAAUUAGCAUUGAUUGAUGCUAUUAAGAUGCAUCCGGCACGUCCCACCUUCAGCAUACAUUGUUUAGAUGCGAUGUUCAGUGGCGAAGAUGAUGAUAUCAAGAAGGAAGACCCAAUUGAACACAUGACUCUGCAAAAGCAAUAUGAUGUCAAGAAGGAAGACUCAAUUGAACGCAUGACUCUGCAAAAACAAUGUGGUAUCAAGAAAGAAGACUCAACUGAACACACGACUCUUCAAGAACAAUAUGAUAUCAAGAAGGAAGAGUCAACUGAGCACAUGACUCUGCAAAUACAAAAUGAUAUCAAGAAGGAAGAGUCAACUGAGCACAUGACUCUGCAAAUACAAAAUGAUAUCAAGAAGGAAGACUCCAAUAAACAGCAUGGAGUACUUCAAAAGGACUACAGGGACGAUGGAAACAAACAUGCUCACGGCAGGAGGACCCUGCCCAAGUGGAGCACACAGGUGAGGGUGAGCUCCUUGCAGGAUAUUGAGGGACAUGAUGAUGGCUUCAGCUGGAGGAAGUAUGGCCAGAAGGAUAUCCUCGGCUCCAGGUACCCAAGACGUUACUACCGAUGCAAGCACCGUCUCACACAGGGCUGCAAAGCAGUGAAGCAGCUGCAGGCCACAGAUGGCGACCCACUCUUAUUUAAUGCCAUGUAUGUCGGGAACCACAUAUGCAUUCAGCGCGUGAACUUGCAGCCACAGCCUGGGCAUGAGCAGAGCACCAUCUCUGUGGGGGACAAGGCUGAGGGGAGCAUGCAGAGGCUUGAGAAGAUGCCGCUACGGAAGUCCAAGCGAAGCAUACAGGUGCGGAUGAUGUCCAUGCAGGAGGACUAUCCGGCAGAUGACGGCUACAGCUGGAGUAAGUACGGCCAGAUGGACAUCCUCGGGUCCAAGCACCCAAGAUGUUACUACCGGUGCGUGCACAAGCACGAUAAGGGCUGCCAGGCAACCAAGCAGGUGCAGCGAUCGGAUAGCGAUACACAGCUCUUUGACAUCGUGUACCACGGGGAGCACACAUGUGCUGAGAAUGUGCAUUCGCAGUGUGAGAGUGCGCAUUUGCUGCUGCAUCAUAUAUCUGCCUCCAUGGGGCUCAUGCCCCCAGCGACAUCCGAGAGCCAGGUUACCAAUGAGGCGGCCAGCAGCGGAAGUACGGCCGGAGUUCGCUUCAUGUCUCCGGCAACAUCUGCGGGUAGCCAGGUUACCUACGAGAGGGGCAGCAGAAGUACGACCACGGAUCGAUUCAUGUCCCCGGGGACGUCAGAGAGCCAGGUUGCCUACAAGGAGUUCACUGACGAUGAAUUCGUUUAUCUUGACUUCAUGCCGAACUCCCCAGUAGACCAAAGGCUGGACCUGAAUGCUGAUUUUGUUGAUGACACUGGCUAUCCUGACACUGACUGAAUAUGCUAACACCGGUCCAAGGACAAAUAUAACAAUGCUCUCUGGGAAAUUGCAGAUUUCCUGAGCAACGAACCGAUGCUGGAAAACAUAUAUUAUGUUGCCUGCUUUUAUCCGAAGCUGUCUGUCUGAUGACAGUCAAGAAUUCAACAACCAAUUCAAGCUGCGGAAGGUUUGAUGCGCGGAUAUCUGGAUUCCUAAACCCGAAGCUGACACAGGGCUGCAUGGUUAGAUUUUUAUUGGCAUAUACUCAUCUCGCCCGUGCUUUCCAUAGGUGCUAAUUGGAUUAUGAUGCUGUUGCAUACAUUGCAAGUCUAUCAUCUGUACCAGUUGUAAAAUUAGUUAUUUAGGAUUGAACAUACGUUUUUCAGGACUUCAUUAUCUGUAAAUUAGUUCUCACUUUUCUAGUACAAAUGUAAUAAUGACAUUUAACUGUAAAGACACUUCUCUCUGAACAUGCAAUGCUGGAAGUCUGCCAUC